AUGCCUCAGCAACGGAGACGGCCCCCCUUGAGUCCAUUUGCACGGGGAUAUACACCGCAAAUGAGAGAGGCAAUCAAAUGUUGCGUCUGCAAGCGAUGUCGCCCGAAGUCCCAGUACUCAAACAAUCAACUAAACUACCUCCGCCAGGCAAUGUUCGAUAUCGGCUACAGUAACAUUCGUGACCAGCAGGUUGCUAAGUGUGGCCCAUGCACGAAUGCUCAGGUUUGUGAGGAGCUGUGUCAUCAUUGCGGUCAUUACCGUGCCAUUGACCAAUUCGCCCGAAACCAACGAAAUCGCGAGAAUCCGCUCUGCCAGCCCUGCAUGAACUACCAGCUGUCCCUCGAUCCUAACGACCAACCUCUUGCAAUCACAGACAAAGUUGUGGUUCAGAAAAAGAUACGGGAUGAGGAAGAGGAGCUUAAGUUUGAGUCUGCGGCUCUUUCUGUAUCUGGAUCUGUUGCUCGGUCUGGGUCUGUUGCUCGGUCUAGGUCUGUGGCUUGGUCUGGGUCUGUGGGACGCCCUGCGUCUGUCAAGACCUCUGACUCUCUAGGUCGACCGGAGAGCCUGGAUCAAGGCUUCGAGAAAGCUCUUGUCCUGCGCGAUAAUUCCACGGAUAGUGAGGAUGAUGGUAAAGGGAAUCAGAGCGGCUUUGCACGAGUCAAGGCGCACCGUGCUCGUCAGAAGCCUGUUCCCGCCCCCCAGCUCGCUCCAGGCUGGGCACCUGGCACACGCAAGAUCAAUGAUGGCACUCCUUGGAAAGGAGGACGGUUUCUCUAA